AUGACGUCUCCAUCGUCGACCACCACAACCAAUAUCAUGCUGGCGAUCUUCGAGAAGAAGACGAACUCGCUCGACCUCUACCGGCCGCUGCGCAAUUUCAUCGUGAUUAAUUAUUCCGAGCGCGAGGCGCAGAAUCUGGAGGAUGAUCUUCAAACCUUGAAGCAGCUCCGGUCGGAAGUCGAGCGCGGAGGCGGCGCCGAUUCUCCGUCGGCUCGGCGAGAUCUCCUGCAGAGCUACUAUAAAGCCCUCUGCGCGGUGGAGUCCAGGUUCCCGAUUUCGCCGGACAAAGAUCAUGUCAAUACGGUGUCCUUCACUUGGUUUGACGCGUUUAAGAAUAAGCAGAAGGCGACUCAGCAGAAUAUACAUCUAGAAAAAGCUGCAGUAUUGUUUAAUCUUGGGGCAGUUCACAGUCAAAUGGGAUUAAGUUUCGAUCGAUCCUCAGUGGAGGGUAGGCGACAGGCAUCACAUUCAUUUAUAGCAGCAGCUGGAGCAUUUGCAUUUUUGAGGGAUAAUGUAGCCAUGAAAGCAUCAAUUGGAGGCUCUACUACAGUAGAUGUAUCCGUGGAAUGUGUGGGAAUGUUGGAGAGGCUGAUGUUAGCCCAGGCUCAGGAAUGUGUAUACGAGAAUACCAUUGCUAAGGGGAGCAGUCCUGGAGUGUGUGCAAAGAUUUCAAGACAGGUUGGGAUUUUCUACGAAGAAGCCCUGGCAGCUCUGACUGUUGCCCCUUUAAACCAGCUCUUUGAGAAGGCCUGGAUAGCUCAUGUUCAUCUAAAAUCAGCCUUGUUCUAUGCAGAGGCCUGCUAUAGAUACAGUUUAGAGCUACAUGAUAAAGAAGAGAUUGCUGAGGAAAUUGCACGCUUAAAAAGUGGGGUUAGUGCCUUGUCUGAGGCCAAAAAGUCAUCUCCUAGAGGUGCAGCUCAGCAGCUAUUGGAUGCAAUAAAUAAAUUAGAAGCCAAUAUGAACCGUAACCUGGAGAGGGCGGUGAAGGAGAAUGACAGAGUUUACCUAAUGAGGGUACCUCCGUCCAGUUCUUUACAACCACUUCCCACUUUUUCCAUGGUUAAGCCUAUGCCAAUGAACGAGGUGUUGGAUGCUAGCAGAGAGAAGAUGUUUGCGAGUCUUGUUCCUGACAAUAGUGCGAAAGCUCUUUCUAGGUACACUGAGAUGCUUGAUGACAUCAUUAGGACCCAGGCUGAGAAAUUGCAACAAGGAAGUGAACUGGCUCGAGUGAGGCUGAAGGAAAUGGAUUUACCAGAUUCUAUUCUUGCUUUGGAAGGGAACUUCACUUUGCCAACAUCUCUAAAAGAAGAUGUAGAGGCGGUUCAGAUAUGUGGGGGCCCUGCUGGUUUGGAAAGUGAGCUUCAACAGCUGAAAGACUUGAGGAGGGUAAACCAUGAGAUGUUGGUACAGGUUGAGGAGCAGAUACAGAAAGAGGCAAUUGAUGACUCACAGUUUAGGAAUCAGUUUGGAACUCGGUGGACAAGGCCCCAAUCAAGUACAUUGACAAAAAACUUGCAGGACAGAUUAAAUAGGUUUGCAGCAAAUCUGAAGCAAGCUGCAGAAAGUGAUGCUCGAAUUGAGAGAUCCGUGAGAGAACAUUCAGCACUUAUGUCAAUCCUUGAUGUCCGUCCAAUUGAGUCGGCUCUGCCAACUCUUGCUAAGCCAAUAAUGUCACUGGAUGCUAAUGAAGAUGCCAUAGUAGGAGCCCUGAAGCAGAGUCUGAGGCAGCUGGAGAUGCUGGGUGCUCAAAGAGCUGGCCUUGAAGACAUGCUAAAAGAGAUGAAGAGGAAGGAUGAUAUACUGCCCAAGUUGAUGGCUUUUACUGGUUCCCAUGAGGAUCUUUUUAGAAAGGAGAUAUCGAAGUAUGACAAAAUUUGUGAAGAGAUUGCUCAAAACCUUGAAGCACAAGAACAACUCCUAAUGCACAUUCAGGCCCAAAAUGAUGAGUUUGCUGCUAUCUUUAACCUUGAAGAUUAUAAAGCAUCUCGGGAAAAGGGUUAUAGACAGAUUGAAGCUGCCAUAGCUAAAUAUAGAGAAAUCAAGGACAACAUUAACGAAGGACUGAAGUUUUAUAUUACGCUUCAGGAUGCUAUCACCAUAGUAAAGCAACAGUGCAGUGAUUUCGUGAUGACCCGAAACAUCCAGUGCCGGGAGAUGAUUGAAGAUGUCCAGAGGCAAAUAUCGGGUCUUAGUUUCCAGGAAAACAAAACCACUUCCGGAUACUCCUUUCCUUCCACUGGGCAUCCCCAUCAGGCCCAAAGGCCCAGUUCUGAACACCAACAGGAACCAUUAAACAUGCCCCCGCCCCACAAUUACCAGCCGCCAAAUCAGUCCCCAAUGCCAAUAUAUUCUCAAACCCCUCCGUAUGUUAGCCCGCAACAAGUUCCACCACCCUAUCAUGUACCUUCUUCCAACACUUACCCACCUCCACAACACCAGCAGCCUGCCGUGAGUCAUGAGUACGGGCAACCUGCAUAUCCAGGCUGGCGAGGCCCGUACUAUAAUGCGCCAACUCAGCAAACGGGGUCUAUGCCCCGCCCCCCGUACACUGUUCCUUCUCCAUACCCCCCGCCUCCCCACCAGAGUGGCUAUUACAGACAAUAA